AUGAUAUCUCCCCAACAGCUGACGUCCAACACGAAUAUCACAAAGGCAGCUACACAGAGGAUAAAACCACGUCGUCAACCCACUCCUGUAUCAUCUGAAAUGGGGAGGGAUGAGUUCCCUAGUUUGGAUAACGAAAUGCUACCCAUUUUGGAGCAAUUGAAGACACAACAACCGCAGCGGCAGCCGCAAACAAUAGCAUCUCAGGAUUAUGAAAGAAUGGCAACCCCACGAGAACAAUUCGCAGAUGCAACGGUAAUUGGUGAAUUUUCAUCGUCGGUAGAAACCGAACAUGAACUCGUUGAAGCUCAGCAAGGAACUAUUGCCGUCGUCGAAGCCUUCUAUGCCGCCAAAACGGUGGACUUGGCUCCUCUCAUCGUUUCCGACAUGGCCAAAGAUGCAACCCGCCGAAAGUACAACAAGGACAAUCUUUUGAUACAAUUAUCCUCCAAAUCUGCACAGAGUUCUGCCAAUCCAAGCUAUGUCGCCGUCUAUCGCUUCGGUUCCGUCAUCUUUUUCAAUGUCUCGCCACGGACGCAGGCGCAAAUGUUAAAGACCAUCAAGAAACACGCGCUGGAACCACUGGCAAAUGGCUUUGAACAAAAGGAUACCUUUGGAGUUUGCAUCAUGCCAGAUGCACCGGGGACACGAGUGACACCGGAACACUGCAUCGUACCCAAUCUCAACAUGAAUGCCGUUGCCGUCAUUUCCGAAGUCAUGGCACAGAGUGUCGCCUUGGAAUCCUACAAUGAGAUUGUGGACGCCUUGUUGGAAAAAUUUGCCGUCAUCAACAGCAAAAUUUCCACGACAAACCGAAUGGACUUGGAUAAGCAAAUGCUCUUCAGCAAGAUUGCCCAAAACAAUCGCAUCUUUAUCGACUUGAUUUCCAAAAUCCGUAUCAAGAAACGAAAUCAAAUUGCAUGGGAUCAGGGAGAAUAUGAAGUCAUUCAUUCGGGCUUGACACUCGAGUUUGAUAUCAAUGAUCGCUUCGAACUGAUUCAAUUCAAGCUGGAUCUGAUCCAACAGAACUCCAAAUUGUUCCUCGAAGUCCUGCAACACCAAAAGUCGGCCUCACUGGAAUGGGUGAUUGUGGUCCUGAUUGGAUUUGAAUGCGUCCUCAUGAUUGCUGAAAUGAGCGGACAGGGACCUGUCAUGUUCGACUACAUGAAGGCAUUGCUUCCAUGA